CAUCGCUGCGCCCUGUACCCAGCGCGAGCAGAGAUGAGCUACGGGUCUGAAGUCUUCUCCUCCUCCUCCUACCGGAGGGUCUUCGGGGAUUCUCCCCGCUACUCGGCCUCUCCGUCGCGCGCAGCGAUGAGCGUCUCCUCCCGGGGAGGGUACCGCUCCACCUCGCUGUCCCGAGCCGGGGCUCCGUCCCUGGGCUCGUACAGCAAAAAGUCCGGCCGCUCCUUCUCCAUGCCGCUGGAGACGUUCGACCUGACCCAGAGCACCGUCCUCAACAACGAGUACAAGAUCAUCCGCACCAAUGAGAAGGAGCAGAUGCAGGGUCUCAACGACCGCUUCGCCAUGUUCAUCGAGAAGGUGCGCAACUUGGAGCAGCACAACAAAGUCCUGGAGACCGAGCUGCUCGCGCUGCGCCAGCGGCAGGCGGAGCCGUCCCGCCUGGCCGAGCUCUACCAGCAGGAGAUCCGAGAGCUGCGCUCUCAGCUGGAGGAGCUGAACGGGGAGAAGUCCCAGCUGCUCAUCGAGAGGGACAACAUCGACGACGACCUGCAGAAGCUCAGGGCCAAGUACGAGGAGGAGUUCCGCGCGCGCGAGGAAGCGGAGGCCACCCUCAAGGCUUUCAAGAAGGACGUGGACGACGCCACCAUGGUGCGCCUGGACCUGGAGAAGAAGGUCGAGUCGCUCCUGGACGAGAUCAACUUCCUCCGGAAGGUCCACGAGGAGGAGGUGGCCGAGCUGACCGACAUGAUCCAGGCCGCCCAGGUGUCCGUGGAGAUGGAGGUCUCCAAGCCGGACCUCACCUCCGCGCUCAAGGAGAUCCGCGGCCAGUACGAGUCCAUGGCCUCCAAGAACCUGCAGUCCGCCGAGGAGUGGUACAAGAGCAAGUUCGCGGACCUGUCCGAGCAGGCCACACGGAGCACCGAGGCCAUCCGGGCCAGCAGGGAGGAGGUGAACGAGUUCAGGAGGCAGCUGCAGUCCAAGACCAUCGAGAUCGAGAGUCUGAGGGGAACCAACGAGUCUCUGGAGAAGCAGCUCCGGGAGAUGGAGGACAGGCACAACAUGGAGAUUGUGGGCUACCAGGAGAACAUGGCCGAGCUGGAACACGAGCUGCGGACCACCAAGAGUGAGAUGGCACGGCACCUGAGGGAGUAUCAGGACCUGCUGAAUGUCAAAAUGGCGCUGGAUAUUGAAAUCGCAGCAUACAGGAAACUGCUGGAAGGAGAGGAGACCCGCAUCGGGACGGGCAUCGCCUACCCCAGCCCUUCCAUGAGCGUCGGCCCCGGCCAGGGCUACAGCUACCAGUCCCGCGUUUUCACCAGCUCGGGCAAGAGCGCCAAGAAGGAGGGCAAAGAGGAGGAGCCGCAGCAGAACAAAGCCGGCAGCAAAGUGUCCCAGCGGGAGGUCUUCGAGGAGACGGUGGUCUCCACGAAGAAGAUGGAGAAGCAGCAGGAAGACGUCACUCAGAAAAACUAAAGGUGUCAAACCUCUCCGCACCCACUUCAAAAACCACUUUAGGUGUGCUGGACGUCUGCAAAUGAUUUGAGUGAAGGAUCUACAGGUUUGGUUUUUAAUGGAAUCAUUACAUCCCCUCAUCCUCACAGAUAGAAAUCCAUUAUAUUCAUUACACCAUCAAUAAAAUAAACAGUACAUUUCUGUCUUUUUCACAACUCGUUCUUAAAUAAGUCACUUCAGUAGAUUAUGUGCAAACAACAAUAAUCUUCUGGUCUUUCUCAAUAAUGUUGCAUCAAUCUGUAGGACCGACACGUAGAUCUGCAUCUCUGUCACAAGCAGUGAGUUUGUCUCAACGUGUUCUAAAAAAAAGUGUUUCAGAGCAUCGUGGUGCACAUUUACACAUAAAAAUAGAUCUAAAACAAACCGGCUAGACAGAUUUGUUUGAUCACCGACAGAUCUGGAAGGAAAUACACUCUCUUCACUGCAAAUAAAAAGCAAAAUCUCAAAGUUCUUGUUUUAAUUCUAAAAAUUGAAUCUCAUUUGCACAUUUUUUUUUCAAGCAGUCUGAUCAGAUCUGUAGGACAAUUAACAGCCUCGAAGCAGUUUCGCCUUUUUUUUUGUUUAACUCUUUUUCAUGACAUCAUCUUUAUUUGUUAAUACCACUUAAAGCAAACAUUUAAAAAGAAAAAUCCCAUCAUGAUUUUUAGAAAUGUUCUGCAUGGAUAGAGCUCAUCUGUUCAGUCAAGACGAUUUAAGAAUCAUUAGGUACUGUACACUCAAAACAGUUUAAUUUGAUUUUAUAUUCCAGCACAAAUCGUCUGUUCUUAAUGUGAAUAUAAAUAAGAAUGCUCGUCUCUGCAGAACAUAAAUAGAAACAGGAGCUGAUUAAGUUUGCACAAGAGCCUAUAGAGACAUGAACGCUGAAAUUUGUACUAAAACGAUGCCAAACUGCAGCUGAGAUGAGUUUUUAACGGUUCCAUAUGGAAUGAUAAAUGAUCCUUCAGCACAAAUGCAUGAGAUUCUGUAGGAUUCAUUUAUCAAAGCACAUUUAAACCCCAUAUCAUGACAGAAACUGAGUCAAAGUUUAAAACUGUGGCCAUGACUGGACAAAAUGUCUGUUGUAGUAACGACCUCGCUGCUCCUGAACGUGAAGCUUUUCUCUUAGAUUUAUUUAUUUCUCUGCUUGUGCACUGCCGGUUCCAACACAGCUAUCUCACCCUCUCGCUCCCGGUCGUGGCGAUUAAUGCCUCGACCAACUGCGCACUCGCACUACAAAUAGAAACAAAAUCACUUCUGAUUGUACAGCUCGCUGCUCUGGAUUUGGUUGUCUUAGCUGAAGCUUAACGGCGAAGUGUCUUAGUACUGUACCGCGCGUGUUUGUGUCUUUACACAGUGGCCUAUUAUACCUGGAGUCAUAGAACGAAAAGGCAACAAAUCUCCCCGAUGAGCAUUUUGGUUCAUGGAAUCUUGAGUUCCAGUGUGAAUCAGAACAAUUCAAACAUCUCGGAAGGAUGCUGUUGGCGUUUUAUAUUUUCACAUGAAUGCAACAAACGAAUGUUUCAUGUUUUGCAAAGGUUAAGCCUGUAGCCUUACACCGUGAAACCAAAAACAUCACUACUGCAGCACUGCCAAACUUUUCUAAAUGCACAUUUGUGGAAAGAUUUUUUUUCAGGUAAAAAUAAAGGAACUGUCACCAAUUCAUAAUCUACAAUCAAUAUUUAACCGUACUGUAGAAUAAUUACUGUAGGACGUAAAAUGCCUUAAAACACCAGCAGCUUCUGGUCAUGUGUUAGAUGUGGGGUGUUAGAGCUUUAUUAGUGUUAAUUCUAGUUAUCAUGAUAUGUAAACCAUAGGGAAUGAAUGUAGUUGACAUGCUCUUCUCUUUAAUGUGACAACUUGUGUACUGCUGUAUGACACCAUAUCAAUAAAAACUUGAUUUAACUGGG